UCUUGACUCAAUUGUCCUCUUUUUCCCAGUUGAGUUUUGUUGGUUUCUAUCAGGUGUUUUUAAUUUUACAAACAGUUAAGAGCUUCUUCUAAUAGGAGAUUGAAGUUUAAGCUGAAUAAAACUUGUUUUAAUGAAUAUGGAAAGAGCCUGCGUUAUUUGCUCUGUGAAUGGUAUUUACAAAUGCCCCACCUGUUUCAUUUAUUAUUGUUCCUCUAAAUGUUGCAAGAAGCACAGAGAAACUGGUUGUGAAGUUUAUCGAGAACAGGUCAUAGAACAGCCUCAAAAGUCUAAAGAGUCACAGAAGUUGGCUGAAGAGGUUUCCGCUGAAAGACUGCAAUUAUUAAAAAAUAGUGAUGAAGUGAAGCAACUACUAACAAAUCCCCACCUCAGAGAUCUAUUGGUCACAAUUGAUAAAGCGGAAAAUGCAGAGCAAAUAGUCCAAAAAGCCAUGUUGGAGCCAAUCUUUGUCGAGUUUGCAGAUGCUUGCAUUAAAGCGGUCGAACCAGAACAAGACAACACAUAAGGGCUAAUUAAUUUAAUUGACUCUUUUUCUACUAUAAAAUGAUUGAACUUCCUAAAACCGUUUUUGUUUCAAAUCAUUUUUUGACAAAUAUUUAUGCUGCAAUAUACUGAGCUGGUUGUGCAUAACUUGAUCAUAUUAAGCAUGUUAUAGAAGAGAAUUUUUUAUUACCACAAUAUUUUGUAUGUAUUCUAGGUACAUACUUUUUAUUAAAUAAAAACAUUUUACUUA